AUGAGCCCACAGCACUCAGUGAGGCUUCUGAACAGAGACUCAGGGGGUCGGAGAAGUCUGCGUCCUCCAUACCCUACAAAGCAACCCACCAAGAGAGCCCUUACCUGUCCCAUCAACGAGUCAAGCAAAUGGCAAACAGAGACGGAGACACAGCCGAGCCGUCGACAGCCGCGGCACUGGUGGGUCGGAACACCGCAAAGAGACAACCCCCACCAGGAACUUACGACUAUGCCGCCAAGCAAGGUACUCUCACAGCGGGCCCGACCACAUACCCACCGUACACAUGACCUGCAGCGCAGCAGACCCAGAGAGGGGUUCCACGUGGCACCCGGCAACAAGCCUAUCUUCCUGAUGCCCAGACUUGGCGGUCUUGGUCCAACACGACUUUGGCCCACAGGAAACCUGCAAAUGGACUUUGCCCGGAUCCCUACCCUGGUGGACAAGCCUACCCUGCCAUACUGA